AAUCGAUUUCAAUAACAUCUUCCAGCGCUUUCCCGUGCGAUCUCCAUCAUUCACUUACUCUUCAGCGCUGACGUGUAUUAGCAAACAACUAGAUGGGUCCUAAGAAGAACACUGGCGCUAAACGCCCCCGGAGGGCUCCCGACCCGGGAGUUACUCGUCGACAAACUCGUGGUCAACGACAGGAGGACCUCUGGGAAGGACUCACCGAUAGAGGAGAGGCAUAUGACGCCCAAGGCAACCAUGUGUUAGUGCGCCCGGUGCGCCAGCGUCGAGGCACACAGGAGUCGGCGGCGCAUCCUCCUCCUCUUCCUUGUCCGCCACGGAUGCCUUCUCCACCAAUUGCCUCAUCGGAUGAUGAAUCUUGUGAUAAAGCUGGUGACGAACCUGAGGCUGGGCCUGACGAGGAAUCUGAGGCUGGACCUGGCAAUGAAUCUGAGGCUGGACCUGGCAAUGAAUCUGAAGACAAAUCUGGUAAUGAACCUGACACUGGAUCUGGCGAUGAACCUGCCGCUGGAUCUGGCGAUGAAUCUGAGGCUGGAUCCGGUAAUGAAUCUGAGGAUGGGCCAAAUGCUGGACCUGAAGAUGCACCUGAUGAUACUGCAGGUCCUUCAUCGGCUCCCACGUCGCCAAAACCCCCUCCGAGAAAGCCCCUUCCAACUGAAAGACCAAAGAAGAUCACGAUCAAGUUGAACCCAUCGAAAACCGCAACGGCGCCAGCUCCAGACACACAAAGCGGUACUGAGAGCGAUGAUUCAGACUCUCCCAUCGACACAUCCGCGGCCGAAUCCGACAGCGAUGCAUCCGGCGACGUCAGUGAUGAGGAAAGCCCGAAGAAGAAGAAGACAGACAAGGGAAAGCAGAAGGCAACAAACAACAAGGCAGACACCGACUCUGAUCCUGAAGUCACCGAAGUCAACUCUGAUCUUGAGGAGCCCGAAGAGGAGGUCAGUCAGGACGACAGUGAGGAGCAGAACGACAGCUCUCGGAGGGACGAAAGCAGUGACCCAGAAGGUUCACAGAAUGGCCGCCAGAUUACAGCCGGCGGGGUCACGCCGCCAAGAGAAUCAACUCCCGAAUCGGACGGAGGAAAUUCCGGGCACAUCUCCACCCCUUCGAAGACAUCUCAAGAUAGAAAGGGAAGAAAGAGCGAUGAUCCCAUUCAAAUAGACAGCGGCGGGUCGGAGCAGAGUGAUGUUGACUCUGAACAACGGAGCGAAGAGUCUCUUCAAGAAGAAGAUGGAGAGAAUCCUGAGCAGGAGGGGGACGAGGAGUCUAGCCUGUAUCCAAGCACUAUUGUCCACGAUGACAGCGAUGAUGAAACGGAAAUGCUGGUUUAUGAUAGGCCUGACCCAGACCAGACCAUCGACUAUGGAGACAACACUCUCAACCUGACGGACUAUCCGAGCUCGGUUGUCGAAGGUCCCAACCGGAGUGGAGAGUAUGACGGAAGCGACGAGGGCGGCGACAACGAGUAUCGUGACCAAAGUAGCUACGGCAGAGGUGGCUAUGGGGACAACGAUGAUCGCGACGAUGAUUCUAAGAUCCACCUCCCCAACUACACGAUGUUCGAUCCCGACGACAGCGAGGGUCAGCCUGAAAUGGGCCGCGGCCAAGGCAGCGAGUCGAAUCUUUCAAGGCAGUCGUCGCCGGGCGGUGUCUCGCCAGGUUUCCCUCGACACAAUCGGUCGCCCAGCCACUCUCCAGACCCAUCUGCCGGGGGACAGCAACUGCCGUCUGGCUCGAGCGGUGGGCAGGGCUCUACAGCUCAGGGCCGUAAAAGCAACCAGUCCCAGGGAUCUUCUAGCGGCAACAAGGGUUCGGCGUCAGGAGGCGGAAACGGCUCUGCUGCAACGAAGACGAAGAGUGCCACUGGAAAGAGAGGCAGGCCUGAAGAUCUUUCCGCAGACAGCGAAAGCAGGCCACAGAAGCGACAAAGGGAGGACUUGGGCAAGGCUACGAUGCCGACGAUAAGCAACAAGAUUCGCUGCGGUUACCGGCCUUACCCACGCCCUUUGGAGUCACAACCUCAGACAUCAGACAAGCGAGCAUCAGCUAAAAGACCAAGCAGCUCGCUUGACGAGACAGUAGUGAAGCCUGGGAAGAAGACAAGGCUUGUAUAAGGGAAAAUUGGAAGAGAGCUAGAAAAUUGACUGGAUGUUUGAAUGGCAUAGUUUUCAGACUCGUAGAUUUGGUUCGAAUUGACACUGCCCUAUUGAAGCAUUAUCGGGCUAGUGUGAACAUGUAUCAUGAACGCGUGUCUUACCACCUGGUGAUGCUUCCGGUGUUCAGAGCUGAUCGGCUGAUGGCAGAAUCUGGAGCAGAUC